AGCUCUGUGCUUCCGGGGGGAGGGGGAAGCCACCACACUUGGGAGCCCGACCUGCCAAUCGGACAGGGAGGCUUCGCGUAACGUGGGCGGAGAGCCGCCGCACCCGCUGUCUUCGGCCCCGCCCCGCCGCCCUCCCCUGGAACUCGGGAAAGUUUUGCGGGGCGUUCUAGAACGCGGGGGCCCCGGCGGAGGCUUUGAAGUCGCCGCCCGCAGACCGGAAGCGCCGCUCCCUUUUGUCUCCCUCCGUCUGUGCUGGCCGGGGCGAGGAUGGCCGCGGAGCCGCAGCCGGACAGCCUGGACGGGUGGGUGGCGGUCAAGGCGGACGCCUUCCUGGGCCGGCCGGAGCCUCCGCACAAGCUGCGCUUCCUGGUGGCCUGGAACGGCGUGGAGGGCAAGUUCGCCGUCACCUGCCACAACCGCAGCUUGCAGCAGCAGCAGCAGCAGCAGCAGCAGGACCCGCCGCAGGAGCAGCAGCAGCAGCAGCAGAGCUGGGCCGGCCUCUACUCCCCGCAGGCCUUGCUGGGCGUGCACCGGCAGCUGGCGGCCUUGGACGAGCGCCUGGAGCCCUGCUUCCCGGCCCUGCCCCCGGCGCUGAGCGGGGCCGGCGGGGCCGGCCUGUGGGCCCUGCUCUUCCCCCACUGUCCGGUGCUGGCGGAGCCCGAGCUGGAGGGGCUGUGCCGGCGGCUGGAGGCCUACCUGGGCUGGGCGUUGGACCUGUGCGGCCGCAAGGCGCUGCUGGACUCGCUCUUCGCCCAGGACCAGGACGAGGAGGACGAGUACUUCGAGAACCUGCAGGAGUUCCGCAGGAAGGCGCUCAAGGCCCAGCUGGGGGGCGCCAAGGAGGCCUUGCGGAGGGUCCUCCAUCAGCACAAAGAGGCUGACACUUUGGUCGCCUUAAUGGGAGUUUACGAGGAGGAGGACGAAGCAUAUGGGGAGCUGGUUACCGUGGCAACCAAGUUCUACCAAUAUUUGCUGCAGCCGUUCAGAGACAUGCGAGAACUGGCAACGUUAUACAAAUUGGAGAUUCUGAAAUCCUUGCAAGUGGAUAGGCUGGGCCCAAAAAGGGUAGAAACCUUGAAGAGGGAGGCAGAGGAGUGGACCACGCAGGUGGAAGAAGCUAUGUGCUCCAUCCAAGACAUCACUGUCUGCUACUUCAAGGAAACAGUGAUGGCACUGGCAGCGAUGAAGAAACAGAUGGAGCAAGACCAUCAACGGUUCGGCCAAGCAGCCUGGGCGUCGGCUUCUCCCAGGCUCGAAAACCUCAAGUACCUUUUAGCCAAAGAGACUCUUCAGCACAUGAGAGCGAGAGAGCUGUGCCUCAACCACAAGAGAGCCGACAUCCGGAAGCAAAUGGAGGCCUUUGAAGAGCAAGAAAACGACCUGGCUCAAUUGGAAGAGCUGGAAAUCGAAUAUUACGAAACCCAGCUGGAGCUAUACGAGGUACAGUUUGAGAUCCUGAAAAACGAAGAAAUGCUGCUUGUCACACAGUUGGAAACUUUGAGGCGACGAAUGAAAGAAAUUCAGGAUGAAGUAAUUUAUUACGACACGUGUGAAAACGCUGAUGAGCUGAAGGCGUCUGAAGAAGGGCUGGAAGACAUUCAGGCACCUCCCUCCGAAAUAGCUCAGCUGCGGCAGAAGACACAGCAGCUGGAGAAGAAACGUGGCAUCAUCUGUUCAAGGAGGGCCUAUUUGAGAAACAAAAAGGACCAGUGUGAAGAGAGUCACCGUCUGAGGCUCCAGCAGGCACAAGAGAGCACUCGGCAUUUCCAGCAGCACCACAGCAUCCAGAUUAAAAGAGACAACAAGAAAGAAGAGGAGAAAAAGAAGAAAGCUUGGAUCAAGCAGGAGCGUCAGAAAACUCUGGAGAGGCUAAAAACCUUCAAAGAGAAAUGUCCCGCUCAGUUUGUGCUGAAGACUUCCCGCUCGCAGCCUCCAAACUCCAUGCGGCAGCAGAGCGUCCUCCGCCGGACUCCAGCCACGCCCCCUCCGUCUCUGUCAAGAAGCAAGACGCCCACGAAGCAGUCCCAGAACUCUCCCCUUGCGCAAGCCAAAGUUGCCAGGACACCUCGCCGGAGGCCGCCUGCUGACGUUCCCGUCCAAAUAUUUCUUCCACCUUGUGACGAAAUGCAACGGAAGAGCAAUGAGGAGGGAGCAGCUCUGACCUCACUUCCUCCUUCUCCUCCUCCUCCACCACCACCACCACCACCACCUCCUCCUCCUCCUCCACUUCUGGGCACUCAUCCUGCUCGCUCAAUGUUGACACCAGCUAAAGACGUGCCUUUGUCCCUUGAGGGUGAAGUCCCCCCUAGAGGAAGUGUCUCCAGAGAGGACACGCACAAUUCAACCAAGUGCACAAGUAAUUAUACAGGAUCCAUGGAUGAGGUUUUGGCUUCGCUCAAGCGUGGCGAGAUCCUCCUUCGAAAAGUGGAGCUGCCCCCUCCAGCUCCUCCCUCCAGCUCUUCUCUCAACGAUAACAUCCUGGCAGCCAUCAGAAAGGGAGUGAAGCUGCGGAAGGUCAGUCAAGAGCCAAAGAAAAGCUGCGAAUCGGACAGUGAGCUGGAGAGAAGCAUCAAGGCGGCCAUCCAGAGAAUCAAGAAAGUGUCUGCCGAUUCAGAGGAGGAAGAAUGCAUUGAGCACAACAGUGGGGAAUGGAACAGCUAACAGGGUGAUUUUGGGGAAGAUCAAGAGUGACAGACAAGCUUCUCUGAGAGGAGAUUUGUUCUCAUCGCGCAGUCCACGCAGGGCCGCACCAAGACCUGGACGAAACCCUACAUCUGAGGCACUGAUCUAGCAAGUGCCCCAGAAUCCUUUGUACUGUGGGGAAGAAUGAAUCUGAGAAAAGGAUUCCUUUCCCCCUAAAGGUGGGAAGUUUUUAAAACCAAUGUGUUUCAUGGUCGUGGGAUGUCUGGGCUGUAUACGGGAUUUUUACGCUUUAGGAGGCGAAUCUCUCUAUUUCAUAAACUGAGAAGAUGGUAUAUGUGUGAUUUGACCCAACAACGACUGCCAUCGAAACAGUUCAAAUUGCCAUCUUUGGUUCAUCAUGUGUCGUGGGACACUGAUAACCAGUUGCUGAGUUUGCUGGAUUGUGUGAUGAGAUAUGGAAAUUAACUAUGGCUAGAAGAUUUGUUGCUGCGCCGUAUAAUAGGGACUUUAUCGCAGAAUGUAACAGCUCAAAAUGCAGUUACAGUAGGUAUUUAUGGAAAUUAUAUUUGAAUGAAGUACCAUCCCUCAAACUGAUGACAAGAAUUGUAACAUAGGUAUUUAUGCAGCCAAUGAAGAUAUACCCAUGACAGCGUUUCCACUUCAAGUAAGCACUUCUGUACUGACCACUGACGAUACUUUAAAUUUUUGAUCAAGAGCAAAGACAUGCGUUCAAAAGUAUUAUGAACGAUUAACUUCUAUACUGACAAAGUACUGUCUGUGGAGGGGGGCAGGUGCACUUUAUAAUCGCUUUCAAAACCUUUUAGACAUUGGCAGUGCAGAAGCAAGCCACAGUUUGAACAAACAAAACCACUCCUUGAAAUGUGACAUAAAGAGAAUACCAACAGGACAAGAGGCACGAAGGUUUUGUGUGUGCUGUGCAGGCAAAAUGCAUUUGCCACUCAGUAGCAUGCAGGGAGUGGCUGUGAAAACUGUUUCCUGCCUGCCAUAAUCAGUGAAGUAUUAGGUGAGUGUCACAAGUGCAGACACAGUUCUAAAAGGCAUCCCCGGAUGUGAACUUUUAAGCUUUAGGAUUAUGUUUGUGUUCAUUUUUUUGCACAGCCUCUGAAGGUAUAGAAACAGAAGCGUACCAGGGCUAAAUGGCGCCCGGGGUGGGACUUCCUGCUCCCCAAGCCCCACCCCCGGCCUCAGUGCUUAUAAGAGAAAGUCUCCGAGGCCGGGACUGCAGUCUC